GGCCGCCGCCGCCGCGAGGGCGCGGGGCAGACAAAGGAGGCAGACAAAGGCGAGCGCAGCCAGCGGCAGUGCGGGCGCCGGGCGAGGCGGGCCGGCUCCUCCCGGUAGCGGGAAGGAUGACCACGCUCACGCGGCAGGACCUCAACUUUGGCCAAGUGGUGGCCGACGUGCUCUGCGAGUUCCUGGAAGUGGCCGUGCACCUGAUUCUCUACGUGCGCGAGGUCUACCCGGUGGGCAUCUUCCAGAAGCGCAAGAAGUACAACGUGCCGGUCCAGAUGUCCUGCCACCCGGAGCUGAAUCAGUACAUCCAGGAUACACUGCACUGUGUCAAGCCGCUCCUGGAGAAGAAUGACGUGGAGAAAGUGGUGGUGGUGAUUUUGGAUAAAGAGCACCGCCCAGUGGAGAAGUUCGUCUUUGAGAUCACCCAGCCUCCCCUUCUGUCCAUCAGCUCAGACUCCCUGCUGUCCCACGUGGAACAGCUGCUCCGAGCCUUCAUCCUGAAGAUCAGCGUGUGUGAUGCCGUCCUGGACCACAACCCCCCAGGUUGUACCUUCACUGUCCUGGUGCACACGAGAGAAGCUGCCACCCGUAACAUGGAGAAGAUCCAGGUCAUCAAGGACUUCCCCUGGAUCCUGGCGGAUGAGCAGGACGUCCACAUGCACGACCCCCGGCUGAUACCUCUAAAGACCAUGACAUCGGACAUCUUAAAGAUGCAGCUUUAUGUGGAAGAGCGAGCUCAUAAAAGCAGCUGAGGGUGCCCCCACCACCCCACUGAGGCCAGGACUGUCAGGCUUCGGGGCGCCCGCCUCGGGCAGCGCUGAGGGCCACCCCGAUUCCAAGUGCUCUUAUUGCCUCUGUGAUGGGCUGCUGCCCUCCAGCCCGGGCCGCCGGGUCUGGGCACCUCACAGAGGCACCUCCCCAGGAGGGCAGUGGAGGAUUCUGGGACCGUGAUUCCUCAGCCUCUGGGGCUCCACCGGCCACACUGUCUGUCUCAAAUGCUGUGCUGUGAGUCGUUUCAAUAAAGGAGCCCCAAGGGCUGGGCUGA